GGGUUAGGGUGUCCUUGCAGGGUGUCUGAGCUAAACUUCACCAAAUAAUAGCUGUUUGUAUUUUGGCUGCUGCAGGAGCCAUUUUAGAAAUAAAAUAAUUGCCUUCAAUAGAUGAUAAUGAAAAUACAGAAGAAAGAGAAGCAGUUGUCGCAUUUAAAAGUUCUGAAUCACUCCCCAAUGUCUGAUGCUUCUGUCAAUUUUGACUACAAAUCCCCCUCCCCAUUUGACCACAGCACUAACCAGGAAGAGAAAAUUGGAGAUGUUGCCAGUCACUGUCUGCCCCAGAAGGACCUGUUCGCUGCUGAAGAGGACGCCGAGACCCCUUUGCCCAGGAAAACGACAUCCCAUAAUGGGACGGAGGACAGUGGAGGAGGAGGCACUGGCGUGAAGAAGAAACGGAAGAAAAAGGAUCCAGGAGAGCAGGAGGGGGCAGCAAAGGGAAGCAAGGACAGGGAGCCCAAGCCAAAGAGGAAGCGAGAACCUAGAGAGCCAAAGGAGCCCAGGAAGGCCAAGGAGCCCAAGAGGAUCAAGGAGCCCAAGGAGCCCAAGCCGAAGGACGGGGCCAGGAAGGCGCGGAAGCCCCGGGAGGCCUCGGGCGCCAGGGAGGCCAAAGAGAAGCGGAGCAGCACUGACUCGGCAGCCAGGGCCAAGUCCAGGAAGGCCAGCAAGGAGCAAGGACCAACCCCAGUGGAGAAAAAGAAGAAAGGAAAAAGGAAAAGUGAAACCACAGUGGAGAGUUUAGAGCUGGAUCAGGGCCUGCCGAACUCAUCCCUGCGGAGUCCUGAGGAAUCCACCGAGUCUGCAGACAGCCAGAAACGACGCUCAGGACGGCAAGUGAAGCGCAGAAAAUACAAUGAAGACCUGGACUUCAAAGUGGUGGAUGAUGACGGGGAGACGAUCGCCGUUCUGGGAGCCGGCCGGACGUCUGCCCUCUCAGCUUCUACACUGGCUUGGCAGGCAGAGGAGCCUCCAGAAGAUGAUGCAAACAUCAUUGAGAAGAUCCUGGCGUCUAAGACUGUCCAGGAGGUUCACCCAGGAGAACCCCCAUUCGACUUGGAGCUGUUCUAUGUCAAGUACAGAAAUUUUUCCUACUUACACUGUAAAUGGGCCACAAUGGAAGAGCUUGAAAAGGAUCCUCGCAUCGCACAGAAGAUCAAGCGAUUUAGGAAUAAACAAGCCCAGAUGAAGCACAUUUUUACUGAGCCUGACGAAGACUUGUUCAACCCAGACUACGUGGAGGUUGAUCGCAUCUUGGAGGUGGCCCACACAAAGGAUGCAGAAACAGGAGAGGAAGUGACACAUUACCUGGUGAAGUGGUGCUCGCUGCCUUACGAGGAAAGCACGUGGGAGCUGGAGGAAGACGUGGACCCUGCAAAAGUUAAAGAAUUCGAAUCUCUGCAAGUUCUCCCUGAAAUUAAGCACGUGGAGCGGCCUGCUUCAGACUCCUGGCAGAAGCUGGAGAAGUCUCGAGAGUAUAAGAACAGCAACCAGCUCCGGGAGUACCAGCUGGAGGGGAUGAACUGGCUUCUUUUUAACUGGUACAACAGAAAAAACUGCAUUUUGGCUGAUGAGAUGGGCCUAGGGAAAACCAUCCAGUCCAUCACAUUCCUUUCAGAAAUAUUCCUCAGGGGAAUCCACGGCCCCUUCCUCAUCAUCGCCCCGCUCUCCACCAUCACUAACUGGGAGCGGGAGUUCCGGACGUGGACCGAGAUGAAUGCCAUUGUGUACCACGGCAGCCAGAUCAGCAGGCAGAUGAUCCAGCAGUAUGAGAUGGUGUACAGAGAUGCACAGGGAAACCCCCUGUCAGGAGUCUUCAAGUUCCAUGUCGUCAUUACAACAUUUGAGAUGAUCCUGGCAGACUGCCCCGAGCUGAAGAAGAUUCACUGGAGCUGUGUGAUCAUUGAUGAAGCCCACAGACUGAAGAAUAGGAACUGCAAACUUCUGGAGGGUCUAAAGCUCAUGGCCCUGGAACACAAGGUGCUGCUCACGGGGACCCCCUUGCAGAACUCGGUGGAGGAGCUCUUCAGUCUGCUCAACUUCCUGGAGCCGUCACAGUUUCCUUCAGAGACUGCUUUCUUGGAGGAGUUUGGAGAUCUGAAAACAGAGGAGCAGGUGAAGAAAUUGCAGUCUAUCCUAAAACCAAUGAUGCUUCGGCGGCUGAAAGAUGACGUGGAAAAGAACCUUGCUCCCAAGCAAGAGACGAUCAUUGAGGUAGAGCUGACCAAUAUCCAGAAAAAGUACUACCGUGCCAUCCUGGAGAAGAAUUUUUCCUUCCUGACCAAGGGGGCCAAUCAGCACAACAUGCCCAACCUCAUCAACACCAUGAUGGAGCUGAGAAAAUGCUGUAACCACCCCUACCUGAUCAAUGGGGCAGAGGAGAAAAUUUUGGAAGACUUCCGGAAAGCUCACAGCCCUGAUGCCCCUGACUUUCAGCUGCAGGCCAUGAUUCAAGCAGCCGGGAAGCUGGUGCUGAUUGAUAAACUGCUCCCGAAGCUGAUUGCUGGUGGCCACAAAGUACUCAUCUUCUCCCAGAUGGUGCGCUGUCUCGAUAUCCUGGAAGAUUAUCUCAUCCAGAGAAGAUACACCUAUGAGCGAAUUGAUGGGCGAGUACGGGGAAACCUGCGCCAGGCAGCCAUCGACCGGUUCUGUAAGCCAGACUCAGACCGCUUUGUCUUUCUUCUGUGCACCCGAGCGGGAGGCCUGGGGAUCAAUCUCACAGCUGCCGAUACCUGCAUCAUAUUUGAUUCAGACUGGAACCCACAAAAUGACUUGCAGGCUCAGGCCCGAUGUCACCGGAUAGGCCAGAGUAAAGCCGUGAAGGUGUAUCGCCUCAUCACUCGGAACUCCUACGAGCGGGAAAUGUUUGACAAGGCCAGCCUAAAGCUGGGUCUGGACAAGGCUGUUCUUCAGGACAUCAACCGCAAGGGCAGCACCAACGGAGUACAGCAGCUUUCAAAGAUGGAGGUAGAGGACUUGCUCCGGAAAGGUGCCUAUGGUGCCUUAAUGGAUGAGGAAGAUGAAGGCUCCAAGUUCUGUGAAGAAGACAUAGACCAGAUUCUGCAGAGGAGAACCCACACCAUUACCAUCCAGUCUGAAGGGAAAGGAUCCACUUUUGCCAAGGCUAGCUUUGUGGCUUCAGGAAACAGAACGGAUAUUUCCUUAGAUGACCCGAACUUUUGGCAGAAAUGGGCUAAAAUAGCUGAACUGGACACAGAAGCAAAGAAUGAAAAGGAAAGCUUAGUGAUUGACCGCCCGCGCGUGAGGAAGCAGACCAAACACUACAACUCUUUUGAGGAGGAUGAGCUCAUGGAGUUUUCAGAGUUGGACAGUGACUCUGAUGAGAGGCCCACGAGGUCCAGGCGCCUCAAUGACAAAACCAGGCGCUACCUCCGAGCCGAAUGCUUCCGGGUGGAGAAGAACCUGCUCAUCUUUGGCUGGGGCCGGUGGAAGGACAUCCUGACUCAUGGGCGGUUCAAGUGGCAUCUGAACGAGAAGGACAUGGAGAUGAUUUGCCGCGCGCUGCUGGUGUACUGUGUCAAGCACUACAAGGGAGAUGAGAAGAUCAAGAGUUUCAUUUGGGAAUUGAUCACACCUACCAAAGAUGGGCAGGCCCAGACCCUCCAGAACCACUCAGGGUUGUCUGCUCCAGUCCCCAGAGGGAGGAAGGGGAAGAAAACGAAGAACCAGCUGCUGCUCCCAGAGUUAAAGAACGCAGACUGGCUGGCCACCUGCAACCCCGAGGUGGUUUUGCAUGAUGACGGCUACAAGAAGCACCUGAAACAGCACUGCAACAAGGUACUUUUGCGUGUCCGGAUGCUUUACUACCUGAAAGCUGAAAUACUGGGAGAAGCAGCUGAUAAAGCGUUUGAAGGAACUCCUGCCAGGGAGCUGGAGGUGCCUCUGCCCGACAUCGACUAUGUGGAGAUCCCAGCGGAUUGGUGGGACGCUGAGGCUGAUAAGUCUCUUCUGAUCGGCGUGUUCAAACAUGGUUACGAGAGGUACAACGCCAUGCGAGCAGACCCAGCGCUUUGCUUCCUGGAGAAGGUUGGGAUGCCGGACGAGAAGUCCCUUUCUGCAGAGCAGGGCGUUACAGAUGGGGCCUCAGAUGUCCCUGAAAGAGGCAACACGGAUAAAGAAGACAAUACUGAAGACAAAGUAGAUGGCCUCCAGAAACAAACGGAGAGUUCCAGUGAUGGAGCUGAUGGCAUUUUUGGUGAAAAGAAGGAUGACAGCCGGGCAGCCCAGGAUGGCUCCGACCCAGACAAAUCACCCUGGCCAGUUUCAUCCGCUCUCACAGCCCGUCUCCGACGCCUGGUCACUGUGUACCAGCGCUGUAACCGCAAGGAGCUCUGCCGACCUGAAAUUCUGGGACCAGGAAGCCAAGGCUACUGGGUCCAGGAAGAGAUGUUCCGGAGAACCUCAGAGAUGGAUCUCAUCAACAAGGAAGUCCAAAAGAGGUGGACCAGGAGAGAGCAAGCCGACUUCUACAGAACAGUAUCUUCCUUUGGUGUCAUUUAUGAUCAAGAAAAGAAAACCUUUGACUGGACUCAGUUUCGCAUCAUUUCCCAUUUGGACAAGAAGUCGGACGAGAGCCUGGAGCACUAUUUUUAUAGUUUUGUGGCCAUGUGCCGAAACGUCUGUCGUCUGCCAGCGUGGAAGGAUGGCGGCCCCCCAGAUCCCAGCAUCUACGUUGAACCCAUCACUGAAGAACGGGCCGCAAGAACCCUGUAUCGCAUUGAACUGUUACGGAAGGUUCGAGAGCAAGUGCUGAGAUGUCCACAGCUGCACGAGCGCCUGCAACUGUGCAGGCCCAGCCUCUACCUCCCCGUCUGGUGGGAGUGUGGGAAGCACGAUCGAGACCUGCUGAUCGGCACCGCCAAGCAUGGGCUGAACCGCACCGACUAUUAUAUCAUGACCGACCCCCAGCUGUCCUUCCUGGACGCCUACAGAAACUAUGCCCAGCACAAAAGAACUGACCCCCAGGCACCAGAGAGUCUCUGUUGCCUUUACCCGACCAACUCCAAACUCUAUGACUCUCUUACCUAUGCUCACAUGAGCAGGACUUCCGAGUCCCUUGAACAUGAACCUGAGAAUCUAGUGAAAAUAGAAGGUAGAGAUGACCAUCUUGGUCUGCCCAGGGGAAGCUUAUGUGACAUAACGUGUGAAAACUUUAUUUCUAAAGUUCAGGAUGUCAUUUCCAUCACCCAUGAUGAAAGCCUGCUGCCUGACUCCUUGGAGAGCAUGAUGUAUGGUAAGAAGGUGUUGAGCCAAGAGCCAGGCUCUUUUCAGGAGAGCCCAGGCACCAAUACAGAAUCUAGACCCGAUGCUCUGGCCGUCUCCGCAAGCAGAGAUGGGAACUGCCAGCCUGGUGGCCAUGAGGCAGAACUAGCCUCAGGCCCCUCUCUUAUGGAUACUUUAGAAGCAGGGGUAGCUCAAAUGAACAUUAAAAAUGAAAAACAUUUGUUGAUGUCUGUUUCAAAGGAAGGGGAACUGUGCUGCAGCGAGACAGGACAGAGACCUGAAGGCAUUGGGCAGCUGGACACCAAAUGCUUAGCCUCCCCUUCCUUGGACCAAGGAAAUGAAAGUGGGUUUGUAGACAUGUGCAAUCUGAGUGUCUGUGACUCCAAAAGAAACCUGUCGGCAGAUCAGCAGUUAAUUGAUUUAUUAGAAAACAAAAGUUUAGAGAGUAAAUUGAUUCUGGGUCAGAACUACAGUGAUGAAGAGGAGGAGGAGGAAGAAAAUGAGGAUGAAAACCUAGACCUGGCCGCAGGCAUGAGGGAAAGGCCAGAGGUCUCGCCUCUCACCGAGCCCGCUGCUGCCAUGCCAGGGGAGAAGAGCUUUGGCUUCGUUUACAAGGAAGACGAGAAAGGAAGCCUGGAGGCCAGAAUCCAGCAUCCUGAACCUCAGGGGGCUUUUCUCCCGACAGCCUGUCAGUGUCACUGCAAACACAUGGAGAGGUGGGCGCGCGGCCUCGAGAAUGACGAGUUCGACGUGGAGAAGCCCCAGCAGUAUAACCCAGACCUGUACAAAAGCAAAGCCAAUAAUGUCGCAGUGGAGGGUGAGCCCGCUGCUGUUCCUUCAGCGCUGUUUCAGGUGAAGCACGAACUUUUAAAAGAGCCCUGGAAAGACAGCGCAGAAGGGAAACAGGGUUUUCCUGUGUGUCCCGAAGGAAGUGAGCUCAAGUCGGAAGACAUGGAUUUUGAGAGUAGAGACGAAUAUGACAGAGAUGGAAACUGCCAGGGUCAAGAUUAUCCCGGGAAAUACUCUGAGGAGGAGAGCAAGAGCUCAACUUCGGGCAUCACAGGAGACUUUGGGGAUGACCUCCAGGAGGUGCGGGCUCCCACCGUUGCUCAGCUGCUCCAGGAGAAAACCCUCUAUUCCUUCUCCGAGUGGCCAAAGGAUCGUGUGAUAAUCAGCCGCCUAGAUAACAUCUGCCACGUGGUGUUGAAGGGGAAGUGGCCCUCCAGCCAGCAGUACGAACCCGUAGGCACGCUGCACACCCCCCUGUUGACCCGCAGCGCUGGGUCUCGGAGCAGCCUCUCGGAGCCAGAGGCAUCAGAACACAGCUUCAGCAAUGGCGCAGCAUUGGUGGCCCAGAUGCAGAAGGAGAGCUUCUUGGCUCCGGUAUUCACAAAGGAUGAACAGAAGCACAGGCGUCCUUACGAGUUCGAGGUGGAGAGAGAUGUGAAGACCCGGAGCCUGGAGCAGUUCUCUGCCACCCAUGGGCACCCCCCCAUCGUCCUCAACGGCUGGCAUGGAGAGUCAGCAAUUGACCUCUCCUGCACGGUGGAGGGGUCCCCAGGGGCCACAUCCCCUUUCCCGGUGAGCGCCAGCACCCCUAAGAUGGGGGCUAUCGGUUCACUUCAAGGAGCCCUUGGCAUGGACUUGUCUGGGAUUUUGCAAGCUGGCCUGAUCCAUCCAGUGACCGGACAGAUCGUCAACGGAAGCCUCAGGAGAGAUGACGCUGCCACGAGGAGGCGGAGAGGGAGACGGAAACAUGUCGACGGAGGGGUGGACCUCAUCUUUCUGAAGGAACAGACCCUUCAGGCAGGAAUCUUGGAGGUCCACGAAGACCCAGGGCAGACCCCCCUGAGCACCUCACACCCUCCUGAAGGGCCAGUGCCUGCCACGUCAACCCCGGAGCCAUCCCCCAUGGCCAGCAGCCAGGCCGAGAAAGCCCUUCCCAGCAAGAGCCUGCUGGACUGGCUGAGGCAGCAAGCUGACUACUCCCUCGAAGCUCCUGGCUUUGGCACAAAUUUUUCAGACAAACCAAAGCAGAGGCGGCCACGCUGUAAGGAACCUGGAAAAUUAGACGUCAACUCCCUGAGUGGGGAAGAGAGGGUUCCUGCUGUCCCCAAGGAGCCAGGACUAAGGGGGUUUCUCCCAGAAAACAAGUUCAAUCACAGCCUACCCGAGCCCGUUCUCCGAGAUGCGGGCCCCCGCCGCAGGGGCAGGAGGCCCCGGAGCGAGCUCCUGAAGGCUCCCACCCUCGUGGCAGACUCCCACUCCGGGAUGGGGCCUCUGUUCAUGAACGGACUGAUCGCCGGGAUGGACCUGGUUGGGCUUCAGAACAUGAGAAACGUGCCAGGCAUCCCCCUCACGGGGCUGGUGGGGUUCCCGGCCGGCUUUGCUGCGAUGCCCACGGGCGAAGAGGUCAAGAGCACGUUGAGCAUGCUGCCCAUGGUGCUGCCGGGCAUGGCCGCCGUGCCCCAGAUGUUUGGGGUCGGGGGGCUCCUCAAUGCCCCCAUGGCCGCCAGCUGCACUUCUGCACCAGCGUCGCUGUCAGGCACAACGAAGAGCGGCACGUCAGUGGCCGAAAAGACUGCAGAAGACAAGCCCGGCGGCCAUGAUGUGAAAACGGACAGCUUAGCCGAAGACAAGCCUGGCCCGAGUCCGUUUUCCGAUCAGUCUGAACCUGCAAUAACUACGAGUAGUCCUGUGGCUUUUAACCCAUUUCUCAUCCCAGGAAUGUCCCCCGGACUCAUUUACCCAUCCAUGUUUCUCUCCCCUGGCAUGGGCAUGACCCUGCCAGCCAUGCAGCAGGCCCGACACUCUGAAAUAGUAGGUCUGGAGAGCCAGAAGAGGAAGAGGAAGAAAGCAAAAGGGGACAACCCAAACCCCAACCCAGAGUCUGCGCCCGGGCCGGAGAGGGAGCCGGGCAGUGACCAGAACUGCCCCGAAUCCAGGGCCCCCGCGCCCCUAGAUAGAGAACAUGCGGCACAGGCCAGGGAAGGGGGCACCCAAGACUCUCACGGUGACACCAAUUAGAACUGUUUCGUUGGAGAAAUUAUUGUGACUUACACCUGCAGCAAGAAGAAAUACCGACCAGGCGUCAUUUCAUACGCACGCAUCCUCCCUCUCCCAGGUUGAAAGGGGAUUCUCAGUCUGGGAAAGCUGUACACACCUUGAGUUGCUGCUGCACCGGGGCUGGGCGAGGGGCUCGCCCUCCAAGGAGCUGCACACGGCGUACAAGCACACGACUAGCACUCUGCCCCCACCGCGUUCUCUUAAGAACUGCUCUAGCCACUACCCGGGCCCGGUGGGUUUUUACUCUGCGUUUUCCUUCACCAGGAAUCAGGCUCUUUCUGGAGCCUGUGAGAAAAUAGCCACUCAACACUCUUAGACGCUCGCCAGGGGCCUUUUGUCCAAGUUGAGGUUGUCAAACCAUGUGUGUACCACCUUUUAGUAUGCGACUGUGAAGAGUUUUUUUUUUUUGUCUCCAGAUUUUUUUCUGUCCUCAGUUUAUAUUUUACAGUUGGACCCAGAUUCCAAAUAAUCAAGCUAGUGGAGACUAUGUUGCAAAUUAACAUUGUCUGUCCUCCUUUCCCAGCUGCCCAGGCUGGGAGGAACCCGCCCACUCACCCCGCUUUCCUCCGCCUUCCCACUCUGGUUCCACCCCUGCUGAUGGCCCUACCCUCCGUCGGCAGUUCCCACGCUGAGACUUGAACUAAGCUCGUGGUUCAGUGCUCCGGGGGCACAGGGCUGUGCAGGACAGUCGGGAAUGUUGCAAGUGUUACUAGCACCAGUUCCACGUUUUGUUGUCACAAUUUACUGUAUUUUUUACUUUUUCUGUUACAGUUUUGCUAUAAUUUAUCAGAAGGUCCAAAAGUUUGACAUAACUAUUUCAGUUUGCAUUAUUUAUUUAUGAUGCUUUUGUCAUUGUCUUUUAUACAUUUGGGAUUAUAAAUUAUGUAAAUGUUAAAAUGAGCAUCUCAAAGAAGUCUGUUAAAUCAUGGCCAGAAAAAAAAAUCAAUCAGCUGUAUUUUCGAAAAGUGGAGUCCCAGUUUUAUGAAUCAGAGAUAUAAAUCAGAAAUUCUAUAAACAGAUCAUAGAAGAAAGAACCCAGUAAUUGAAUCAGUCCUAUUUAAUGACAUCUCUGUAGCAUAGGUGGUCUCUAAUGCUGACAACAGAUUUCUUAGAAAUGCUGCUCUCUAUUUAACUAACAUUUUGUUCAGUUUUGCCUCCAGUGGAAGCAGAAAGGGUUUUUUCAGCUGUUAAAUCCUAAAAAUCAAUAUAAUUUAUUUAUGUAAAAAAAAAAUCACUCAAUUGAUAUAUUUUUGAACCUUUUAAGUACUAAUUUUCUUUUUAUCAAGUAGAAGAAAAAAAUGUAUUUGCCCUAAAUCCUUAAAAUACAAAUGCUAUAAAAAUUGAUGUAUCUUGAAAGCCUUACUGCAAAUGAGUAUUAUAGACAUCCAGCAGAGCCCGGGUCUUCUUUGUGGUCGUCGUUUUGUAUAGAAAAGCUGCUUUCCCCAGGUUCCACUUAGAACCUCCAGUAGGUCACAGGGUUCAAUAUGGCUUUGAUUUAAAAACCCACCAGCAUGCUAAAUCCCUUGUUAUAUCUUAUCAAACCUGUAUGUUAACUCUCUGGGUGUUUAGGCUUCUAUUUGACUGCUAUUGUGUCCCUGUUUGCAAAAUGAAAAUGACACUCUGUGGAUUAUUUGCUCUGUAAGGCAUAAGUGCUUCUUAUUAUUUUGACAUUUCCAAGAGCAAAAGCCAAAUUUAAACUCUCUUCAGCAAAGUUGAGCCUUUCCAUCUAAUUCCAUGUCACUCACAGCCAUAACUUUCCUUGAUCAUUCUUCACCCCAUGUCUUACAUAAUAAAUUGUCUGUGGUCUUGAUCCUGGAUUUA